AUUCUGUGUGUUGCGAGAGAUGUAAAAUGACCCCUUGUUGUUGCAGAGCUUCUAGAAACGUGGAAGAUGACGAAAGGAAGGGAAGAUGUUAUGUCAGUCACAGAUGCGGUCGAAGUCCAGACAGGAACAUUCAACGAAGAACGAUGCCUUUUUCUCGUAUUUGCUGUUUCUGUGAAGCAUUACCUUGUAGAUGUAAAAAAGGAAAAAUAACUAUAAGGAGACCACGGGCAAAAUGUUAUUAUUGCAAAAGUUGUCCCUGCACCUGUAUCAGUGCAAGGGAAUUUAACAAAUCAAGGUCAUGCAAGUGUGGUGAUUCACCGUGCCGUGCAAAAGAGAAGGAAACUACGGUAUGUGGAAAGGCAUUCAAUGAUGCUCGGAAGAAAAAAGAAGAGAAGGUAUUUUGUAGUCGAGAGUAAAAUCUGCAUCUAUCCGUUGACUAAAAAUCUCUUGUAAAAAGAAAACAAGAAAUAUAUGUACAGAGAUAAGAAACUCAUUAAGUAUAAUACUAGCCUAGACAUUUUCAGAAUAACAAAAUGUUUUAUAGCUUUUCUCAUACGUCUACUUAAAUAUAAAUUCUUUUUUUUUCUUUUUCCAAAAAGUUAC